UAACACAUUCGUUGAUUACAACCAGAGAGCCAACGCGUGGGUGUGCCAUUGAUUCUUUGUUUCCCAAGAAACCACAAAGGAUCAGAUAACUCCUUUCCGACGAGACAACGUUCCCGAUCGGGGAGCACAAAGCUAAACACAAACAAGAAUGGCCGUAGGCAUCGGAAGGUACCCAUGGUUUUGGACGGCCCUCAUUGCCGUUCUGGCAUAUUCCGACUUGCGAGCUUUGCAYGGCGACUGGGUGUACGACGAUGCUGGAAGUGUCAUCAAAAACGUCGUCGUUAACGGUUCGGUGGACUGGAAAGAGGCCUUCACCCGGGACUACUGGGGAACCGAGAUGAAAGAGGCGCAGUCUCACAAGUCGUUCCGACCCAUCACAACCCUCACGCUCAAGGCGAACUACGUUUUAGGGCACUACCUAAAAGGCAACACRCCAGAGGAGCAACAGCAACAGGAAGCGGAAAACGGGUCGCAAAACCUACCUCCUACGUGGACUUUUCACGCCGUGAACAUUCUCUUGCACGGCAUCGUGACGGGGUUGGUCACGAAAGCCACGUCGUUCGUGUUGCCAAGGAAKGACAUUGUUUCGCAACUGGUGGUUGGAUCUUUGUUUGCGGUCCAUCCCGUGCACGCCGAAGUCGUCAGCAACAUUACGAGCCGGGGUGAAAUGCUGAUGAGCGUGUUUUUCUUUGUGGCCUUCUUGUCCUAUGCGGGAACGCGCCAAAAAUGUCGCCGACAACUACAACUACARCWACAGCAACUGUCGUUGAGGGAACAAAUAUGGGGGAUCUAUUUAUUGCCGUGGUUGUGCAUGACGCUAAGCUUGUUUUCCAAAGAACAGGGUGCGACAACCCUGAUUUCGUUGGUGGCCUGGGAUUUUUUGAAACACCACGGGAACCUCGUGUCGUUCCGACGAAAAUUGUUCUCGAAAGUCGAUGAAGAGAAGGAYGCCAACGGGGCCGGURCAAURGCCUUCCGCACYGCGAGGGCGGAGCGAGCGGAAGCACKGCAAUUCGUUGUCACGGCUCURGUUCUGGCCGCACAGACACUGAUUGUUGUUGGCUGGAGGUACAUACUGAACGGAGAAACCAGCCCSGACUUUAUCGAGCAACAAAAUCCGGCGGGUUUCGCGAAAGACCGGUUCACCCGAGCCUUUUCCGUCACGUGGGUUUAUUGCCUGUACAUCAGAGACGCUGUCUACCCAUACUAUCUCAGCCCGGAUUGGUCUGGAUUGAGCAUUGAUCUUAUCACGAACUUACGAGACCCAAGAGCAAUGGCUGUCGUCGCUCUGUGGUACUUUUCGGCGCAAUCGUUUUGGUCGAUGAUCGUGGGUGCCGAAUUACCACGCGGUUCGUUCUGGAACGAAACCACUCUGCGCCAAGUGAACACCGCCGUAUGGGCCUUCACUUUUUCACCGUUUUUGCUAUCCUCGAACAUUCUUGUCGUUGUUGGACUUAUGAAGGCGGACAGGGUAAUCUACCUUCCGCUGUUCGGAUUUUGCCUGCUCGAGGCAAUUCUGAUGAGCAAAUUUUUGAAGGGUGCAACCAGGAUGAGACCGGCGUUCGAACGUCGCAAGGAGCAAUUGUUUUGGGGGACGCAUUUCUUCUUUAUGUUUCAAGUGAUCGUUUUUUCGGGGAGAACCCACGAGCGCAACCUUGCUUGGAGCAAUUCGCUACAGUUAUGGGGAACAGCGUACGCCAUCAAUCCUAGAUCCCAUCACACGAUGUACAACUAUGGCUACGAGCUUAGUCUCAAAAAGCGCUACGCGGAAAGCGAAGCUGUAAUGCGACCGAUUGGCAGUGCUCGAGUCGAUGGACCCUCGAAUACCUUUGUCUAUACGAUGGUCUUGUUCAAUUUGAACCAGUGCAAACGAGCAAAUGUUCUGUUGGACGAGGCCUUCGAAGUCAUCGAGGAGAUGCGGGCAGAAGGCGGAACACGGAAUACCGACUCCAGCUUGGCGAGGAGCGAGUCGAAUCUGUUAGUUGCCAAAGCGCAUUGCACCGAGGAUCCAAAAGAAAGAGGCGCUGUGCUAUACGAGUCGGUAGAAAAGGACCCAAGCAACACCUAUGCGGUUCAAAUAGCAACAAAUUAUAUGAAGCAGUUGGAACAGGUAGGACUCAUAAAUAAUAAUCKCUAACCUUUGCAGAUGACAAACGCAUUGCCGAAGUAUCCAUAUUAUUCAAUA